AACCCCCACCCACCUUAGCCCAUGGUAAUUUUGAUCUGUGUAUGUUUUAUUAUUCUGCAUUGUAAUUUUCUCAUUUAAAAUAAUUCAACAUAUUUAACAAAUUAAUCCAGUGCCGUACAGAAGUUGCAGUAUUUUUUUAAGUCGUAACGUAAAGUUAGUUUGACUAAGAGAAAAGAUUUCGCUAAGGUGGAAGUGUUUAUGCAAGUAUAAUCAUAAUUUAGAGUUGAGUUAUGAAAUGAGUUUACACAAAGCAAGCAACAGGUCUAUGAAAUAAAUAGAGGAUCAAGUUGCAGAAUUCUAUCAUUUUUUGAAAAAAAUCAUUAAAAUGUACCAUAUAAUCAAAGCAUUUGAAGAAAUUUUGGAGCAAGAUGUUAUUGAUAUUAAAGAACUGCAGAAGUUGGCAUUUAAUGGUGUACCUGAUGAUAAAGGAUUGCGUUCGUUAGUUUGGAGAAUAUUGUUGCAUUAUGUACCCAAAGAGAAAUCUUCAAGAGAAUCUACACUUUUCAAAAAACGUCAACUUUACAAGCAAUUUAUUGAUGAGAUAAUUGUCUCUCCUGGUGGUCCAGCCGAUCAUCCUUUGAAUAUCAGCCCGGAUAGCUCAUGGAGUACUUAUUUCAAAGACAAUGAAGUACUGUUACAAAUUGACAAGGAUGUCAGGAGACUGUGCCCUGAUAUAUCUUUCUUUCAAUCGGCAACAGAAUUCCCUUGUCUUGAGAUUGUGAACAGCAAUGGAGUUAAAAGAUUGCAUAAAAGAGUUGAACAAUCUGUUUUAAAAUAUUCUACGUUGGAACGGCGUGGCCUUGGUGUUGCAAAGCUUAGCAAUGAAAUACGUCGCUCAGAAAGUAUUACUACGGGUGACUAUGCUCCAUUGAACGAAGGUUGCGAAGCACAUUGGGAGGUUGUGGAAAGAAUGCUGUUCUUGUACGCCAAGUUGAACCCCGGACAAGGUUAUGUCCAAGGAAUGAAUGAAAUUAUAGGGCCUAUAUAUCAUACAUUUGCUAUUGAUGCUAACAAGGAGUAUAGAGAACACGCUGAGGCCGACUGUUUCUUUUGUUUCACGAAUCUCAUGGCGGAAAUUCGUGACUUUUUCAUACGUACAUUGGACGAAGCGGAGAGUGGUAUCAAUUAUAUGAUGAGCAAGUUGAGUGAAUGCGUCAAGAGGAAUGACCGCGUCGUCUGGGAUCGUAUGGAGAGGCAGGAACUCCGCCCGCAGUAUUACAGCUUUAGAUGGCUAACUUUAUUACUGUCGCAAGAAUUUUCUUUGCCUGACGUCGAAAGAUUUUGGGACUCCCUAUUCGCGGAUCCACAUAGAUUUAAUUUUCUCAUUUACAUAUGCUGUGCCAUGAUAUUAUUAGUACGAGAUGAUCUACUUAGCGGUGAUUUUGCAUCAAAUGUGAAACUACUGCAAAACUUUCCACCCAUGGAUGUAUCCUUGAUAUUAAAUAAAGCUGUAGACAUAUCUACAAGGUAAUUUUCCCUUAACUUCACUGAACUAACACUUGUAUUACUAUAUAUUGUCAUUACUUCACACUUUUUGUGGGUAUAAGUCAAACUAAAUUAUGACAACCCACUAGCGCCACUGUGUUAGUCAAAUAGUAUCACAAGAACCUUUAUUGUAUGGUCAAAAAAGGAUGUCUCGGCUUAAUAAGAGAGGCGCUACUAUCGCGGUUGACACAAAACAUGCCAAAUAUGACAUGACAGUUGUAAAGAAAUUGCGACCUUUUUUGACU